UCUCGAUAUCGCAAUGUUGUUUGUCUUAUCGGGAUUCGUCGUUAAUUCGAGAGCCUAUUCUCGAAUAACAAUGUCAGUAGCCGACGAGUUGCCUACGACCACAAUCAUGCUGAUUAUAUUCUGUCUGGCGUUGAUAGUUUCCGCCUCGUGCUUAGACUCUAGAAUAAUCGGCGGCACAAAUACAACCAUCAGUAAGCUUCCGUAUCAGGUUUCUAUUCAUAAAAAUGAUAAGUUCCACUGCGGAGGCUCCAUAAUUCACCAGAAAUGGAUUUUGACAGCGGCACAUUGCGUUAAUGACGGGCCUUCGUCGGUCUUCUCUGUGCGCGUUGGCAGCAUUUAUCAUGACGAAGGAGGCGCUCUGAUCAGAGGUAUUGCCUCGAUUAUUUAUCAUGAAAAUUUUGAUGAGACCACUUACAAUUACGACGUGGCUUUAAUUAAAUUGUUUAAAGUUUUGAACUUUGGUACAAAUGUAAAAGCUGUUCUUCUUGCGCUCCCAUCGGCUCCCGUACCUAGUACCUCAGCAAUUGUUGCAGGAUGGGGCAAAACAUCGCCAAACGGCAAGAGUUCGAAAAUAUUGCAAAGCGUGACUGUGCCGAUCAUUAAGCAAGAGUCCUGUCAGAAAUCCUACCUCCAUCUUAGGCCAGUGACCCCCAAUAUGCUUUGCGCCGGUAAUGAGAAAAAAGACGCUUGUAAGGGAGAUUCCGGCGGCGCGCUCGUGUACCACGGCGUCCAAAUUGGGAUCGUGUCCUGGGGCGCUCGGUGUGCGAGUGUUGGAUAUCCAGGAGUGUAUACGCGAGUAUCCGCCGUACGGCAGUGGAUAACCAAGCACACGAACGUGUAGCAGAAUUAAUUUUUCCCCUUUCGUCUGGACGUAUUCCGAGAUAGCGGGGAGAGAGUGGAGAGAGAGAGGCAGCGUACCGUUGAAAAAAUAUUUACUUCUGUUUAACCGCAUCAAAACUGGACAACAUUACGAAAAAUUGCAACUUACAAAUUAUUCAACCCACGAAUUGUACAACAAAGUGAGGUGAAAUGUAGAAAAGUGAUCUUGACAAUAAUAAUGAUGUAAUUCUGAGACAAAAAUUUAAAUUUACAAUGUUUCAUCAAUUCUCAAUUGUUCUAUGUUUUCAUUUUCGACGAAUAAACGUAGACGUUAUUUCCACGCGUUUGCACGCAUCAAAA